GUCCCCAGCUGGAUCUUACCGUGUUAUAAUCACGCAUUAGUUCAUUCCUUUCCGAUUUUUGAGUGUUAGCUUGUACAUAUCUAGUGAUAUAUUCUACGCGCGCGGUCCAACCUUUCCUUGUGCCAUAGUGAAGUGUCUUUUUUAUAGACGAUUUCCGUUUGUUUUAUUUACAAAAGUGAUAGUGUUGAGUAGUUAAUUCGUUAGAUUUUCUAAAGUUCUGAUUAUGAUUCGAUCGUUUACGAAGGGCUACAUUUAACUAAGAGUCACUGUUGAUUUAAUAGUCUGUGAUAUUUGUGCUACUUGUAUACUGUGAAUUUAUUUUAUACUUCCAACCUACAGCGGACAAGAUCAUGUCGCUUCUAAGUGUAACAGUCAAGAAAGCUCGCUAUUUCGGGGCACAAGCCGCACAGAAUGACUCGUACGUCACGCUCAAGCUGCAGAAUGUCAAGUCAACGACGGUAACAGUAAAAGGGGCCAAUCCGUGCUGGGAACAAGACUUCCUCUUUGAGACGAACGAUGUAAACACAGGGCUGCUGAUCGAGGUUUGGAGUAAGGGGAUGAUCUGGGACCGGGCCCUUGGCUACCACUUCCUCCCUCUGCCUUCCGUCCACUACUCCAGUGAGGAGGGUCCAGGAGAGUGGGUGUCACUGGACGCCGAGCUUGUGAUGAUGGAGGGCGAGGUAGUGGGUACCAAGAACCCCACGGGCCAUUCCCUCCUGGUAGACUGCAGGUUCGAACUACCCUUCGAUCCGGAGAACACUGAAGCAGCAGAUUUGCAGAGGAAACUAGAGUACUUGAACAGUAUUGUUGACCAGGAACAGCGGGCUGAACAGGCGCGCCGACAGAUGCAGUACUUCGGACACUCUGGUUAUUCGGAAGAUAGUGACUACACUAGUGACCUGAACUAUCCAGUGGGCCAGCAUGCUAACAGCUCGGCCAGCCAGUUUCGCAGCACUGCACACCAGAUGAGCACGCCACAGCGUUCCUUGGAGACCAGCCGAGAGAACUCGUAUGAGACUGACGAACCUCCAAGCCAGCCUCCUCCUGUACACCAUGGCCACCACCUUGCUCCUGGUCCCCAGCAUCCGUCAAGAAGAAGAACACAAAGAGGGGAAGACUUGUACAACACUUACUCUGGAGACGGCUCAAGGAACUAUAAUGACCACGAGGAUCCGCUUUCGUACAACAGUAGGCCGCGGAACUACAAAGAGCCUUCGAGGAGGAGAAAGAAAACUUGGGAUUAUGAAGACAGUCAGACAACAUGGUAUGAAGACGGGUACACGGAGAGCUUUGAGACCCCAGAAAACACAAGAAUCUACCCUCCUCAGCAAUACAACACCCCUGUCACAAGAGCCACUCCCAACAAGCGCAACAAAGGUCCCAACACAAACAGAAGACCCAGCCUGGAACGCCAGACAACUCUGUAUGAUGAUCCUUACAAUUCAUACGAGGAAAAGUACUAUGAUGCAGAUGCAUAUCCUCAGACUGACAGCACAAGUUACAACCAGGGGCAAAAUUACAACCAAGACUACUACAAUUCUACAAACUACGGCUACCAGGAUGAUAGCAGAUAUGGUCAAGAAGAAGAGGAUCGGCAAUGGGACUCGGGGGGAGGGGGUGGGGGACAGGGGCAGGACUAUUACUAUAGCAACUACUACCGUCAAAAUAGAUAUGAAAAUAAGAUCAACCGAUCGCGAACGAAAAGAAGUUCCAGUAACCGAGAAUUGACCAGAGGGUUCUCCGAGUCUAUGGAUGAUGAUGUUUACUAUUCAACCCAACAAAGCUAUGAAGAUGAAAACUACCAAGUGAGAAAUGACUUUAGUGGUAGCACAGCUCGAAGAAAACAGUUCAACAGCAGCAGAUCUCAGUCGAUGAGUCAACAAAUCAAUGACGAUUACGAUCCGGACUUCCCUCCGCCUAGAAGUAGAAAUAAACCUAAAAAGCUUCCACAGAUUCCAGUGAAAAUAAAACCUUCUCCCUCUUUGCCACCUACUCCAGUCAAAACGCAACAACACAAACCUGCAAAAAGAACAGGAUCUUUAGAAUACCAAGAACCUCAAGAAGAAGUUAACUAUUACCAAGAUACGCGCAACAAACAAAUUGACUACAAUGAAGACUACAACUAUGCAUAUCAGAGCAUAGAUAAUCUAAUACCUACUCAACCGGAGGUCAUCAUACCUUCAAACCAAUACAAAGAUACGGUAACUAGUAGAGUAACAAAUCAACAAGCGUAUCAAGAUGCGUAUCAAGAUACCAAUCAACAAGUAUAUGAAAGGAAUAAUCAGCAAAGUUAUCAAGCAAUUAAUCAACAAGGAUAUCAAACCAACCAACAAGCUUACUCAACACAGAAUCAACAGGGCUAUCAAACCACUAAUCAACAGAACUACCAAACAACAAAUCAACAGAACUACCAAACAACAGAUCAACAAGCUUAUCCAACUAUAAAUCAGCAAGGUUAUCAAGAACCUACAUACAACUAUUAUGGAGAAAAACCUCCAACGGUCCAAGUACAAAGGCCUGAAGAAGAUCAGCAGACUCUGAGCAGGAGAGACACGCUGAAGAAGCAGUUUCAAGGUAGGCAGAGACUGGAGAGUCCAAGAAUAUUCCAACAAAACACAGACUCACUGGAAUCUAAAGAUGACGAUCUCAGGGAUUCCUUUGAAACUGCAAUGUCUUCCGUUAGCGCUCAGGGACACCAGAGCUUUAAUAGUGAAUACACACCCGUGCCUGAACCCAACACAAUGACUGAUAAACUCGAUAGGUACAAUAACGUCUCGGUCCAUGAGAAAGGUUACAGUAAUAGUUCUAUCAUGGACAUUAAAAACGACAGAUACAAUCAUUUAGCGCAAGAAAACGAUAGAUAUUCCAAUUCAAUACAAGAAAAAGAUAUAUUGAACGAUACGGUGCAAGAAAAUCAUGGUUUGACUCAAGAAAUGAUUAACGAUAGAUAUAAUAAUAUACAGGAGAAAAACGAUAGGUACGGUAGUACGUUAGUAGAUAAGAAUGAUAGGUAUGGUAGCAACAGUCAUAUCAAUAGAGAGGACCUUGAUAUUUACGGCUCUGGUCCUGGUGUAAUCGGGCCAGCAAUACCAGAACGGAACAGUUCCAGAAACAAUAGUCUUCAGCUAAGAGAGCAAGUUUUGUCUCAGAAACCAUCUCCUGUUGCCACUCCUACCUCUAACUUUCCAAGCCAAAACCACAACCAGAGAAUUCUUCAACGGCAACCGGAAUCAUUAGAUAGUUAUAUCGAAGAAGACAUUCUUCAGGAUACAAACGAGUAUUCUAGAGAUUCUCCCGUGUCUGUGGUUGAUCGCUAUCCUCCAGACACCAACUCACUUAUCGAGCCUUACCGUGCUACAACUCCCAAACCAACAUCGCCCUCACCACCCAAGCGACAAGACACGUUAGAUGAAGAUUAUGAUCAGUCUUAUGAGCAAUCCUUCGAUCAGCCAGGAGAUGAUUAUGUGAUAGAAGAAAUGCCUCCACCGAUUGAGCAGAAAUCUUCGUUUGGAGAACAAGAAAUCGUCACUGGAGAUCAGCCAAAGAGGAAGAAGACGGCCAAGGAGCGGUGGCACUGGGCGUACAACAAAAUCAUCCACCAACUAAACGCCGAGGCCCUGGGCAAUUGCAGUGUAGGGGAACACGGCCCUGAUUUGGGAGCCUACGUUGGUGCGGGGCCUGGGACCCCCCCUCACCCGUCUGUACGCCACUGGGAUCAAGACGUGGAGGGAUAA